UCACCAUGUUCACGUCAAGAACAUUUAAAAUUAAUGAAAUUUGUAAAUAUUUAUUAAACGCAAAAGUGAAAAGGUGUUAUCCCAAGCAUAUACUUUCAAAUAGGAGUGUCCAUGAUGUGAUUCACGUAGAUAUAAAUGGUGUAAAACUAAUUUUUCCAAACGUAUGGUUGAGAGACAAUUGUCAAUGUGAACAGUGUUUUCAUGUAACAGCUAAGAGUAGAAUCAUUGAUUAUAAUAAUUUCAAUGUUGAUACCAAGCCAGUCAAAGUUACGAAGAAUAGUAACAGCUUACAAGUAACAUGGGACGAUGGUCACACAUCUAAAUAUGGAUUCAACUGGUUAAAAUUGCGAAGUUUUUCACCAAAGUAUCAGAAAAAAUAUAACGAUGAUAUCUAUAGAUCGCCUAAAAUUGUGUGGCACGGAAAAGAUUUCUAUGAAAUUUGCAAGAAACAUGACUAUAAAGAUAUUAUUAGUUCGGAUGAGGCGCUACACAAAUGGCUCAACGAUACAUCUGUUUAUGGUGUUUCGGUGAUUGAAAAAACACCAAAUAGCGAAACAGCAAUUGAUGAAAUAGUGAAAAGAGUUGGUUUUACAAAACGAACACAUUACGGAGAAAAGUUUGUUGUACAGAAUGUUACAAACACCAGCAACGUUGCUUACUUGUCGAGUAGCUUGCAGAUCCAUACAGAUUUACCGUACUAUGAAUACUGUCCUGGAGUUAACAUGCUGCAUUUUUUGGUACAGACCAAAGGAGAAGGCGGUGAAAAUAUUUUAUCUGAUGGCCACUACACUGCAAAAUAUAUAAAAGAUAAUUUUCCAGAAGAUUUUAAAUUACUAACAAACGUUCAAGUUGAGUGGAGUGAUGUAGGUGAAGAGGCGGGUAACGAGUUUUAUAAACUUUAUAGAGCACCGAUUAUUGAAAUUGAUAGCAACGACGAAAUUAAUCGAAUAAAUUUUUCAAUACCUCAAAGAGGCAGCCACUUUCCGGGAUCUAUUGAAGAUGUUGUUCCUUGGUAUAAAGCACUCAAGCUAUUUUUCAAUUUCAACAAAAAAUUUGCAGCAAAAUUUAAAACUCCUGAAGGCAACAUUCUCGUUUUUGACAAUAUUAGAUUAUUACACGGGCGAAAUAAAUAUGAAGAUAGUGAAAAUAAUGUACGAAAACUGAUUGGAGCUUACAUAGAUUGGGAUGAAAUAUACUCCCGAUUAAGGUGUGUUAAAGUUAAACUUAAUCUUAUCGAUUAAACAGAUAUAUUUUAAAUAUAAACUAUAAAAAAAUAAAAUAUAUUAGUUAACUUAAUUAUAGUUAUUUAGAAUUAUAAAGGUGAUACUAAAUAUUUCCUUUAAUAUAAAGAAGUAUUAACAUAAUAAGUUUAAAAGUGAUACGAAUUCUAGCGUUACGAAAACUAAUUUGAAAACAACGGAGUUCCUGUUACAACAAAAGAAAACUUUCACAAAAUCACUGUACGUUGAUUAUUUUUUGAUACACAAUAUAACCUAACUUUAUCUAAAUCACGAAGAACUUAGAACUUUGGAUAACAAAGUUAUAAAAAUAUUCAAUAAUUAGUUAUUUUUAAUUAUAUUAUUAUGUAUUCAAAUUGAUCACAUCUACUUAACAUUUGGCCCAAGGUUCUUUCAUAUCAAAACUUUAUCUGAACUAAACAAAAUUAUAACUUAUAUCAAACAGAUUAGAAGUUAUCCACAACCACAGGGUUGCGAUGGAUUCUAGUAAAACUGACCAUAAUCUUCCACUGAAAUGUAGGAUAUACGAAAAUAAAUUUAAAAUGAGAACUAUUUUGUUGAUUGUCCCGAGUUCAGGCUCUUGCUAUUAAUGCUUAAUUUUUUUUUAAUUUGAUUUGUAUCUGCAAUCUUAUUAUUUCUAGAUAUACUUCUAUAAGCGUUUUGAUGACACGUACUCACGAGAUUUCACCCAUCAAAAAUUCUAACUAUGCAUUUAUAUUUAUUUAUUCGAUUAUUUAUUUAUCGCAUGCCCCAGUCAUGAGCUUAUCGAUAAAGCGACAUAAGAUUGUUCCCUACCAAAUAGUGCCCAACGCGGCUAUAUAAGCUUUCACUUCAAAAAAUAUCCUUUAAUUAAGUUUUUUGUAGAUAUUUACUAUGAUAAUAUUGCAAACGAAAUCUCAUAUUAUCUCAAAGAUAUUUGAACGUUUCAAUGUAUGUUCAAAUAUUUGCUUUGCGAGUACAAACAUCGGCUUACCAUGGGCGCUUGUGCAAAUAUAUUGAAAAUAUAUACUAGAAUUUGUAUUUAAAAUAUAAUAAAUAUGAAUACGCGUGGGGAGGGUUUUCAUCUCCAUCCAUCGUUCAAAGAGGAUGUAUUUAAACUACGUAAUAAGAGGCGCGACUACCUAAGUACAAAAUAGUAGUAAUUACAGUAUCGCGAUUGGCCACUUAGUAUAAUCCGGCUAAGUUUGAAAGCGAAUAGUUGCUUAAAACGUAGUGGAUUUCGGCUAUCUCCUAUUUUAACAAGAUUAUAGCCGUCAUCUGUCAAUUUGUCAAUGACUGCACGUUUCAUACAAUUGAGUGAAUCGCUUUUUUCUAUGAGAGAGGGCCAAAAAAUAUAUUUGUAAUUUUAAUAACAGCAAUUAAUGUAAUAAAUAAAUACAAAAUUAAUAUUAUAGUUAAAAAAUGUGUGUGACUAUUAUAUAAUUUAGUUAAAUUGAAUUAUUUUCUUCAAUUAUUAAAAAUAUAUUUAAUUAAUUGUUUAUUUCAUAAUUAAUAACUAAAUUUGAUUUUAACGGCUAACUUUGUCAAUUUGGAUUCAAAUUAAGCGUUUGUUACAACAUCUAUAUUAGGAACGGAAAUAUACACGGAAUAAACUCGUAUGCAACUGUAUUUAUAAUUCAAAUCAUAUAGAACAUUAAUUUGAUAAGUUUAAAUAGAUAAACGGCGAUUUGUCGCUAGAACGGUGCGUUGGCGUCCCAGUUACAAAAAAAACAUGGCCUCGCUGCCAUUAACCGCGACACUCCGCCAGAGCGACUGUCAGCUGUCACUUGUGUUGACAGCGACAACCACCCUCGUUCAACGCUCCGUCAAAUAUAAGUCAAUAAAGAGUAAACGAACAAUAAUAUUAAUAAAAACUGAUAUACUUCACACAUAUUGUAGCGAAUUAGGCAUGUUAAGCAUAGCCAGCAAGCAUGUACUAUGGGUGCCAGACAUCGAUAUAUUUAAUACAAUAAACAUACAUUUUUGGUAACAAGCAUUAAAUUCAUAUGAAAAUAAGGAACGAGGCGAGCAGGGCGUCAAGCUGAUGGUAAUUCAUACGCCCUGACCAUUACAAUGGAGUGCCGCUCAGGAUUCUAGAAAUACCCAGAACUUCUCAACGGCACUACAAUUGCGCUUAUCACUUUGAGACAUAAGAUGUUAAGUCUCAUUUGCCCAGUCACUUCACUAGUAAAGUGGAUGUUUCAUCAUAUAAAUAUUUGCACCGACCGGGAUUUAAACCCGGGACCUCUAACUCAGUAGGCAGGGUCACUAACCUCUAUGCUGGUCGACAAGCAAUAUUGCAAACAAAUAUGAAAGCUCCUGUGUAAAGGAACAUUGAAGAAAGUCAUUAAAUGAUAUAUACAGGCAACAAUCGACCGUCCCGGAAAUAUCAUCUUUCAACACUGAUUGUUCGCAACUAUUAGAAGCCAUUAGAACUUCUCAAGUGCAAUCUCUUGUAAGUUGCACUGUCUGGCGCAAACUUAUGUAAGUUUCUUGCGUGAAAUUUAUCAAGGGAUAUUCACUGACACACUGAAAACGAAGGGUGAGAUAUGUAGGUGGGAGUAAUUGUAUGACACGCACAUAUUAUCGCAGUCCUUUUUGUCAGUUUUAAUGCUUAUUUUGCCUGUACCUCUGAUAUGCUGAGCUGUUUUGGCGCCAAACCAGGCGCCGGCCACUUGAGAUACUAUAUCCACUUGUUUUCACAAUAGUCGAGGUAUCAUUAUGCGGUCUAUGUUACGGGUUGCUAGAUAAAUAGUGAUUUAUGAUAGAUUCGUGCUGUGAUAUCGCCGCUCUUUCAGAGAUGUAAGAAAUUGUGACUAUUUUACUAAACGCGUCAAAAUAAAAACAUUGCAAUUGAGUUCAUUGUAUAAAAAUCACGAAAUAAUGUUCCGAAAUAAUAUAUUUUGUCUUCAAAAGCGUUGCGCUUUGUUUUUAUGGCUCGCAGAAACAAGAGCAAUAAAUAAUACAUCCGGUAAAAAAUUAUCUGUGGUGUUUUUGUCUAGGGAUACGUAGAUAUUUGCAACUUUUUGACAGCUGUCUUGUCGUGUCUAUGGGGACACGGUAGCAUAGGACUUUUGAAACGCAUGCCGCUUGCAGACUUGUGCACUGAACCACAUGGGAGGGUAUAAGUACCAGAUUGGAGAUUCAAAGUUUUUAGUCCACCCAAAGUUUUGUUGUACCAAAAUAACAAAUAUUAUUAUAAUAAUCAAAUUGUAUUGCAAUGAUACAUCCAUAUUUGUAUCCUUAAUAUCUAUCUAUAGUAUCUAGAUAGAGUCUCUUGCUCAACCGGUAAAAACAGGCCAGGAAUAAUGCGCGAUGUGUAUAACACUUUGUUUUAGUGUGCGUGAAUUGCUCUAAAUAGAUGUGAAUUCUAAACAAAAAUUUUUUUCGACGUUUUCACAGCUGUCAUAGUCUAUCUCGACGUAUAACGGCCGUUCCCAAUAUUCAGUCUAUCUCUUGCUUGAGAUAAAAAUCGUAACUAUUAUUGACUUUUGUGUCCCAAUAAACUUAUCGACGGUAACUCACCUUAUCCGAGCACGCUGUCUGUCAAUGGGACGACGCAUAGCUUACCAGCGAUAUAAAGUUUGUAUGGAAAUUUCAAUUCACGCGUCCCAAUAUAAGGCGAUAAGAAUGACUUAUCGGGUAUAUUGGGGCAGCUCCAGAUUAUUGACAGCUAAUUUCUGACAGUAGAAGGUAGUAAUUUAUCUCUAUCUGUAGAUAGUAUAUUGGGAACGGCCGUAAAUGAUCUAAGAUCCCAGACAAAAGUCACGCUUCCAACUGUCGUCAAUUGCUUACAUAAUAUAUAAUUAUAGAUAAAAUAAUCAGCCUUGUUAUAUAAAAAAAUGUGCGUCAUAUCUUUACGUGCAACUUAGUUUAAGUUUUUGUCAUUACUAUCAUAAAUCUGUUAUAUUAACAUUUAUAUCCCUGUUUAAUAUUAUGACGAAAAAUAAAAUCUAAUUUAAUAUCAA